CCCCCCCCUCCCCCUCCCAUACUGAAUCCAUGUUUCUAGUUGUUUCACAGCGAUGUGGUGCUGACCAUUUGAUCACAUGCGGUAGUCUGGAGCACAUGGAGUACCGCUGAUUCUCCAGCUCAAGGGACCAGGGUGCUGAAAUGGAACGGAUAUGUUUGAUUCUUCUCCUUAUAAGUAAAACUCUUUCAGUCGGUGCACAAUUCAAUGGAUACAACUGCGAUGCUAACUACCACAGCAGAUUUCCUGCGGAGAGAGACAUCAGCGUUUACUGCGGGGUACAGACCAUCACCCUGAAGAUCAACUUUUGCCCGGUGCUGUUCUCGGGCUACACCGACACAGAUCUGGCCCUGAACGCUCGCCAUGGUGACGCACAUUGCCGAGGCUUCAUCAACAACAACACUUUCCCAACUGUAGUGCUCUUCAGCAUCAGCCUCAACACGCUUGAGUCCUGCGGCAACUCCCUGGUGGUCUCCACGGCUCAGGGGAUGAAUGCCUAUGGGAAUCUCUCCCUGGUGCAGAUUGGAAAUGUAUCGGGGUACAUCGAUACACCGGAUCCUCCCACCAUCAUCAGCUACCUACCGGGCCUGCUAUACAAAUUUAGCUGUAGCUACCCUCUCGAAUACCUGGUCAACAACACUCAGCUUGCUUCGUCAGCCGCUGCAAUAUCUGUGAAGGACAGCAAUGGUACUUUCAUAAGCACGUUGAGUUUACUCCUCUACAACGAUUCCACAUACAACCAGCAACUGGCUAUUCCUAUGGCAGGCCUGACCCUGAAGACCCGUGUGUUUGCAGCAGUGAAGGCCACAAAUCUGGACCGAAGAUGGAACGUUCUGAUGGACUAUUGUUACACUACUCCCUCUGGGAAUCCCAAUGAUGAGCUUCGCUACGACCUUUUCUUUAGCUGUGACAAAGACCCACAAACGACCGUCUUUGAGAACGGGAAGAGUCAAAUGGGCCGGUUCUCCUUCGAGGUGUUCCGCUUCGUCAAGCACAAGAACCAGAAGAUGUCCACCGUGUUCCUGCACUGCGUCACCAAGCUGUGUCGGGUUGACGACUGUGCCUUACUCAUGCCGAUCUGUGGCAGCCGGAAGAAACGGGAUGUGUCGCAGAAAACAGAACCGAGCUCAGUCUCUGGGAACGCCGUCAUUACUGCUGGGCCCAUCAUCACCCGCAGCGAUGAGACACCAACAAACAAUUCCCAGCUGGCCCAGCUGAACGGGCCUGCGUUUCGGCUGAAUUCUGUGACCAGCGCCCUGAUCUCAGGCAUCAUCAUCCUGGGAGUGAUGAGCCUGUGCUUCUUCGUCUUCUCCCUCACCCUCCUCCGAGGAAAAAGGGCGAGCCCAUCCUCGCUGUCAGGGGUCAGGAACCCUGCCUUCAACUGA